CCGCACCAUGCUGAGCUACAGCGUGGACUCGCUCUUCGGGGCCAGCUCGCUCCGCAAGGAGAGCGCCCGGAGCGGCUCCCGCUCGCUGGGCUCCAGCGGCUUCCACUCGCAGUCCUGGUCCCGCGGCUCCACCGCCGCCUCCCCGCUGCGGCGCGGCGCGGGCGGCUACAGCCAGCUGGGCUCGUCGGCCGAGAGCCUGGAGUCGCUGAACGGCGAGCUGCGCGCCCGCUCCGAGAAGGAGGUGCUGCAGGCGCUCAACGAGCGCUUCGCCGGCUACAUCGACAAGGUGCGGCAGCUGGAGGCGCGCAACCGGCAGCUGGAGGGCGAGGCGGCGGCGCUGCGGCAGCAGCAGGCCGGGCGCUCGGCGCUGGGCGAGCUCUACGAGCGGGAGAUCGGCGAGAUGCGGGGCGCCGUGGUGCGGCUGGGCAGCGAGAAGGGGCAGCUGCAGCUGGAGCUGGAGCGGCUGGAGGAGGACGUCCAGCACCUCCGGCAGCGGCUGGACGACGAGGCCCGGCAGCGGGAGGAGGCCGAGGCGGCCGCCCGCGCCCUGGGCCGCUACACGGAGGAGUCGAGCCUGGCCAAGGGCGAGCUGGAGAAGAAGGCGCAGGCGCUGCUGGACGAGGCGCUCUUCCUCCGCCGCACGCACGAGGAGGAGGUGAGCGACCUGCUGCUGCAGAUCCAGGGCAGCCAGGCCUCGCUCGAGUUCCGCGACACCGCCAAGCCCGACGUCACCUCGGCCCUCAAGGAGAUCCGAGCCCAGCUGGAGGGGCACGCGGUGCAGAACUCGCUGCAGUCCGAGGAGUGGUUCCGAGUGAGGUUGGACAAGUUGUCAGAAGCUGCCAAGGUGAACACGGAUGCAAUCCGCUCUGCUCAGGAGGAGAUUUCGGAAUACCGCCGGCAGCUCCAGUCCAAGGUCACCGAAUUUGAAGCCCUCAAGGGGACCAAGGAAUCCUUAGACAGGCAGAGAGCAGACAUAGAAGACCGUCAUCAUGCUAAUGUCUUGUCCUAUCAGGAAACCAUCCAGCAGCUGGACAACGAGCUGAGGAACACCAAGUGGGAGAUGGCAGCCCAGCUCCGCGAGUACCAGGACCUGCUGAAUGUCAAGAUGGCCCUGGAUAUAGAAAUUGCUGCUUACAGAAAGCUGUUGGAAGGAGAGGAAUGUCGCAUCGGGUUUGGACUCGGACCUUUCCCCUUCCCUGAGACACUCCCUAAACCCCCCAGCAUUUCCACCCACAGAAAGGUGAAACGUGAGGAGAAAGUCAAAGUGGUGGAGAAGUCUGAUAAGGAAACCGUGAUUGUGGAGAAGCAGACAGAGGAAAUCCAGGUGACUGAAGAGGUAACGGAGGAAGAGGAGGCUGAGAAGAAAGAGGAAGCUGGAGAGGAGGGUGAGGAAGAAGCUGAGGCAAAGGAGGAAGAGAAGGAAGAACCCGAGGAAGAAGUGGAAGGUGAAGAAGAAAAGCCCAAGUCCCCAGAAAAGGAGGAGGCAAAGUCUCCAAAGAAGGCCAGGUCCCCAAUGAAGGAGGAAGCCAAAUCCCCAGAAGCCAAAUCUCCAGAGAAACCUGCAUCCCCCACCAAAGAGGAAGCCAAGUCCCCAGAAGCCAAGUCUCCAGAGAAGGUCAAGCCUCCUGUGAAGGGGGAGGCUAAGCCUCCAGAGAAAGAAGCAACCCCCAAAAAGGAAUUGGUCAAAUCACCCCAGAAAGAAACCAAGGUGCCUGUAAAAGAAGAGACGCCGAAAGAGAGAGAGGAGAAAGCCCCAGCCAAACCUAAAGUGGAGGAGAAGGAAGACAGCAAGAAAGAGGAGGGGCCGAAAAAGGAAAUCCCAGCCAAGGAGACUCACAAACCUGAGCCUAAGGUGGAAGAGAAGAAAGAGGAGGAGAAGCCCAAAGAAGAUGACAAGAAAAAAGCUGCCAAGCCUGAGCCCCCUGCCCCCGAGGAGAAGAAAAAGGAAGCUGUAAAGGCUGAAGAGAAAGAGGAGAAGGAGCCUGCCAAACCAGCACCAAAACCCAAAGAAGAGAAGACGGAGGAGAAAGCUGCUAAGCAGAAGCCUGAGCCUAAACCUCAGGAAAAGGAAGCCAAGGCCAAGGAGCCCAGCAAACCAGCAGAGAAGGAGCCUGAGAAACCGAAGGCUGAAGAAAAGAAGGAAGAACCUAAAAAGGAGAAGGCUGAGCCCAAAACGGACCAAGAGGAGAAACCCAAAGCUGAAGCUAAACCCAAAGAAGAGUCAAAGGCUGCCAAGACAGAACCCAGCAAAGACACCAAGGAGACUCCCAAGGCAGAGGCACCCAAAGACGCGCCAAAGGCUACCAAGCCCAAGGCAGAGAAAGUGGAGAAGUCCUCCAGCACAGACCCAAAAGAGGGCAAACCCCCAGGGAAAGCUGCUGCUGCCGACGACAAAGGCGAGAAGAGCGAGAAGUGAAGAGCGGGAGGCUGGGACGUGCGAGGAGAUGGGCCACCAAAGAGAACUUGGAGGCUCUCUCUGCCAGGUGGUCAGUUAUAUUUUUGUUUUCACAAGGGGAGAUUUUGCUUAGAUGGUGGUUGCCCUCCUGCCUCUGAGCUGGAGCUCACAUUAGCAAUAUGUUUAUGUGAAAGAAAUCAAAACCCAGUACCCGAGCCUCCACCAAUGAUGUUAUGUUAUGAUAGCUUCAAUAGCAGAAUGUGAUACACGCAGAAUGCCACAUUUAAACACUUGAAUUAUAAAAAAACCCUGCCCCUUUUCCAAAUAAGUGCAUUUAUUUACUAUAUGUGCAAUAGAUGGACAAAUGCAAUAAAGAAUGUAACAGUUAGAGCUCUGUUACACUGCGGAGAAGUACAGUAAGGUAGGAAACUCAGAGUUUGUAAAUGCCUUUUCAUUUUACAAAUGGAAAUUAUUGAAAUCCUCCUUUUGUAGACGGCGCUAUCUGUGGUUGACUUAAAGGGAAGCAGGAUAGACACUAGUUGCAGAAACACACGCAGAAAUAAGAAGUGCACUAUACAAACUCAAGUCCACUUUCAAUUGCUUCUGUGCAAUAAGAAAUAAAAUGCUUACAGACGAACUGCUCUGUCUCCUCUCUGCCAGCUCCUUCCCUAGGGGAACAGGAGCACAGUUCACCACUCUAGGAAGGAUUUGAUACAAACAGCUGCAGUUCCCAUUCAGUCCCCCUUAGACAUUGGUCCUUAUGACAGGACUUGGGCCCAGAUGCUCAAAGGAAUUUA